AGUUCAAAAUAGCUUGAACUCUAGGGACAGUCCCAGAACUGAACAAUUUCCUGGAACUUUCGCCCUCCCUCUGCUUUAUGCUACAAAAUCCAAAACCUUUCAAAACAAUCAUAUCAGCCAAAGUCACAUUCUCUCGUUUGCGAUCACCAUGGUUCCUCGUUCUUCAGGUAACCGGAGACUUUGCUCAAUCAGGGUUCUUUCAGCCUCCGAAAGAUCAAUACAGACAUCCGUCCCGGAGCAUCAUUCAUGCCUCGUUAACUGGCGAGGAGGCCUAAAUGCAGUCCCCUCAACCACAAGGCUGACAACGUCGCCACCGGCGAGGUUUCCAGUGGAUGAUGGAUCUCAGCGAAGGCUGUCAAAGUUGUUGCUGAAGGUGAAUAUAGACAGAAGCUUGGGGCCAGUGCAUGUGGUGAUGCCAGCGGAGAAUACAGUGAAUGAUUUGAUCAAAGCUGCUGUAGAAAUUUACGUGAAAGAGAAGAGACGGCCAUUGCUGGAGGAAACUAAUCCUAAGUUUUUCCAGCUUCAUUAUUCGCAGUUCAGCCUGGAAAGCUUAGAGCCAGAGGAGAAGCUGAUAAAUUUGGGGUCCAGGAAUUUCUUCUUGUAUUUGAAGCCUUCUUCCUCUGUCACAUCCUGCGGCUCCGAGGAGGCCAAGAUAGCAUGUCAGUCCAUGAGUCCAUUGACAAAGUUUAUGGAGUUCUUGCUAUAGCUCUUUUCACUUUUUCGAAUGUAUAGAAUCAUGACUUUUGUCAUUUUUAACCAUGAAUGGUUAAUGUUCCUUUCUUUCUCAUAUUUACUAAGGCUUAGAAUAUCAUUUCCCCUUUGCACAUAUGUCCAGAAAAAAUACACUUAACUUUCAACAAUAGAUAUUUAUUUAUUAUAUUG